GCGAACCGGCCCGACCGGACAGACACUCAGUGAAGUGACGCCGAGUGGUAAGGAGUGGUAGAAUCGAUUCCCCAGCAUGGCCAGACGUAGUAGUGUCCUCUUGCUCACCCUUGUGGCUCUUACCUACGCCGACGAGCUACAGGUGGAGCAUAUAUCCAAGGCCGAAUCGUGCGAAAAUCCGUCCAAAAAGGGAGAUAUGCUAACCAUGCACUACACGGGAACUUUACAAGAUGGAACCAAGUUCGACUCCAGCGUGGACCGCAACCAGCCGUUCAGCUUCCAGCUGGGCGUGGGGCAGGUGAUCAAAGGCUGGGACCAAGGCCUGGUGGGCAUGUGCCCAGGUGACAAGUACAAGCUCACUAUUCCUCCCGAACUCGGGUACGGCGACCGUGGUGCCGGCGAUGUCAUUCCUCCAGGUGCCACCCUGAUCUUCGACGUGGAGCUGAUCUCCAUCGGCGACGCUCCUCCCGUGGUGAAUGUGUUUAAGCAGAUUGACAGCGACAGCGAUGACCACCUGUCCAAAGAGGAGGUUCUAGAAUACAUCAAAGUGCAACUUCCCGCAGAGGAAAUAGAAAACGGCCAAGAUCCUCACAAGAUCACGGAGGAAAUCUUCCACCACGAGGACAAAGACAGAGAUGGGUACAUCUCCCACGAGGAAUUCUCAGGACCCAAACACGACGAACUCUGAGCUGACCCAGACGAGGAAAUGUCCAGAAUUGAAUAACUGUAUGUUGGGACUUCUUGGGAAGAGUGAGUUUAAUCUCUCAUUGUUCCUGUGAGGAAUAUCGUGAAUAGUCUCUCAUUGUUCCUGUAAGGAAUGAAUAUCGUGGACAUGAACUCAUGGAAAUUCUGUUUUAUAGAAGUGAACUUGCUCAAAGGGUAUUUAAUGUACUUCUAGUUCUUUUCUUAUAAUCACAAUUUCGUAAAUAACUGAUAAAGUAAAAAUUAUUGUAAAAAGUAAUUAAAUUUCAUUUGAUGGUAAUUCAUCAAGAAAUAAUUGGCCAGGACAUUCAAGGAUAUUUUCUCUGUCAUCAUGUGUUUUGGGGAGGCAUACAGGUCGCAAAUAAUAUUAAUUUCAUCGUCAUAAUAUUCAAUAGCAAUUUGUGUCAAACGUAACGAUUCAGAAUGAACCUAGUGCGCUUCUUACCAUUCAUUUUUUCUGAUGGUGUGUGUUCCCUUCACAAAGCUUUAUCAAAGGCCCGUCCAACUAGGAGGGCAUAUGGUCUAUCAUUGGUUACUAUGGGACUGUGAUUUUAGGCCUUGUCAACGUGCAGGCCUAACACACAAAUAUAGUUUUAUAUUUAUUUGCAAAAUGUUGAUCGAUAUCCUAUUCACAACCAUUUUAUCCCUUUCCUGAAUUUUGAGAGCAGUUGUUAUAUUUUAUACGAUGCUUUAUAAUAUAUUUUAAGAGGAGUAUAUUGUUGACACGAGGACUAUUUACCCCCACAAUAAUUGUUAGCAUGGUUUUUAGUUACUAAAGACUGCAGUAAGCCUGUUUUGUAAGUGAAAACAGCAAAAAUCAUUGUUUUUAGCUUGUGGUACUGGAUGAAUAUUAGGGGUCUUCUGUCUUGGUCACUCGCGGAUCUUCAGCCAAUCCCUUGGGACGAUGUUUUCUACUUGACAGAGCUUUGUUUUAGUGCUAGGAGUACUAGUUUCUGUAUUUUAGUAAUAGUAGUAGUACUAAUUUCGGUCUUUAAGAGAUAUCAGGCUGAAUUCCGCAGAACUGAUUAGGUAAAUAGCCGGGGAUUAAUUUACUUUCUCACUGUUAUUCACAGCUUCAUGCAUCAAGGCUGCUCCAAUUGGUUUUAGCAAUUUGACGAAACUGAUAGUUGUUGAGGAAAACGUUUGAUUUUAGUGUAAAAAUGUUUAUAUAUAUCUUUCGAGCAUUCGGUAUGAGGAUAUCAUUUGUGUUUAAAUGUGAUAUGUUUAAAGGAUGAUAAAACCAGCUUCGUGUGAUAAUGUGAAUGGCUGUGUACUUGGUGAUAGUGAGAUGAUGGUGGUUUGUUUCAUUAUGGCAGACUUCCUCUUAGUGAGAAGAUCUGUUCCUUGGUGCACGGUAACUGUAUCAUGGCGUUGUUUUAUCGGGAGCAGUUUCGUUUCAGAAAAAGUGAUAUAUAUACAGACCAUACACUGUACAGCUUUAUUUUGAGAGCCAAUUAUUGAGAUUGUUUUACAACUAUAAUAAGUAUAUAUUUAAGCCCGUAAAGCCAACAUAAAAUUGAAGUAUUUCAUAUUCGAAAGACUUCAAGGAAAGUUAUUUGUAGCUUGGAAUUCAUAAUCAAAACUCUUGUGGCUUCCAUUGUGGAUAUUAUAUCUUAAAACGUGCAAGUAUGUUGAGCCCUUAUCCCUUUAAAAGUAAAACAUGCAGGUUAUGCUGAUCAUUUUUGUUAUGACGAGCAUAUGACGUAGGUCAUGUAACUGAAUGCAUCAGUGAUUAAUGCAGCUGCAAUAGGUAUUUUUACAGGUGUGACUGCGAAACUUUCAAAAUGAAUGAUUGUUGGUUAAUUAUUCUCAGCUGUGAUGAAAGAAAUGGACGAAAUCUGACGACCAAUGAAGUUUUAUAUAAGUGUCUGAUGCAUGAGAUGACGAAACUGUUUCUCAGGUGCUAAAACAUUUGAAAUGUGUUGUGAAGAAGUCUUUUUAUUGCCUUAAAGAGCCAUACAAUAUAAUUAUCCUAAUUUGAGUAAGGUAGUGCGUCACAAGAUGUAAAAUGAACAUAUCCAUAGGUAGUACAUAGAUUCUCAGUGAGGAUUGAGUGGCACAAUACUGCAACAGCGUAUGUGUGGUACUUAGUGAGUAGACAUUCCUUGAGCACAAUUAGAAAGUUACUAAAGAUGUAGCCAAAUGGAUUAGAGAGGUUUUUAAAUAUUAGAUUUGUAUUUAUAUUUUCUUGUUGGAUUUUAAUACUAACUUUGUACUUUGGCCAUUCAAUAAAUUUUACAGAAUGUU